AUGUGUGUAUGGCAGGCUCUCGACCCAGAACACAACUUCGCUGCCGCAUCGAGCCACAUCCGCGAUGCAGCAGCUCAAGGCGCCUCUCUCGCCGUUCUCCCCGAAUACCACCUGACAGGCUGGGUGCCUGACGAUCCCAAGUUUUCAGAGCUUGCUCAGACAGCCUACUCCUACGUCCCCCGGUACCAGGAUCUUGCACGUGAAUUGAAAAUCAACAUUGUCCCAGGGACAAUAGUGACCAUCGACCCCAAUCACCCUCCCCCUGGGGCCAGCAACGGUACAACGCCGACGAAGCCACAAGCCCUGCUCAACAUUGCGCCUUUCAUCUCGUACACCGGCGAACUACUAGGGUCGUACACCAAAGCGAACCUCUGGCUCCCCGAGCGCGCAGUCUUGACCUCGGGCCCGGACUCGACAAGGCCACACCACGCUGCCGGCCCUGUGUCCUCCGAAGGACCUCCGCCCACGCCUCCCAAUCCGCACUCCGUGAUCGAGACACCAUUGGGUCCCGUCGGAAUAGUGAUCUGCUGGGACCUGGCCUUCCCCGAAGCAUUCCGUGCACUGGUCAGACAAGGAGCCAGAUUGAUUAUAAUACCUACCUUCUGGACGCGCGACGACCUCACGCCCGAAGCUCGCCGGUACGGUCCAGACGUCGACAUCAUGUUUCUCAAGAACGCACUCAUCACGCGGGCCUUUGAAAACACAUGCGCCAUCAUAUUCUGCAACGUGGGCGGUCCGCCCGAAGAAGACUACGCGGGCCUCUCUCGCGUCGUCCUACCCCUCGUCGGUCCCGUGCAGGGUGGCUUCGAAGACAGCACCCCCGGGAUGCGCAUUGUCGAAGUCGACAUGAAGACCGUCGAUCUCGCUGAGCAGAAUUACAAAAUCAGGGAAGACAUGGCGAGUCCGUCGUGGCACUACGGAUAUGAACUCAGGAGAUGA